AUGAAUUCCACUGGACGUAAACAAUCGGAUAUCGAUAACGACAUUUGCAGGAAUCCAGAAAUGAGGGAGGUUGUUGGAGAUGCAGAUUUGAGAAAAACGCUACAUAAGAGUGGUGAAAAAGUGUUUCAAGUAUAUUGGGGUACAGCUACUACAGGCAAGCCACAUGUUGCCUACUUUGUUCCGAUCUGCAAAAUUGCUGACAUGUUGCAUGCUGGAGCAAAGGUUACCAUUCUUUUCGCUGAUCUCCAUGCCUACCUUGACAACAUAAAAUCUCCUUGGAGUAUUCUGUGCCAUCGAGCUAACUAUUAUGAGACUGUUAUCAAAGCUAUGCUAGAGUCAGUUGGAGUUAGUCUUGAUAAACUGUUCUUCGUUCGGGGAUCAGAAUAUGAGUUAACGAGAUCAUACAGUGAAGACGUAUAUCGCAUCUGCGCUGACACAAGCAUCAGAGAUGCACGUAAAGCUGGCGCUGAAGUGGUUAAGCAAGUGGCUAACCCUCUAGUGUCUGGUCUACUCUACCCUCUUCUUCAAGCUCUUGACGAAGAAUAUCUUCAUGUUGACGCACAAUUCGGCGGCAUUGACCAGCGCAAGAUAUUUAUGAUGUGUGAAAGGAUUCUCCCCAGACUUGGCUACAGGAAGCGCAUUCAUCUCAUGAAUCCCAUGGUACCUGGUUUAACUGGGGGUAAGAUGUCUGCCUCUGAAGCCGCUUCAAAAAUUGAUCUGCUCGAAUCUAGUGCCGAUUUACGAAUGAAACUUAAUUCUGCUUCGUGUCCACCUGGACAAACUGCUGCUGAUGGAAAUGGUGUUCUCGCUUUCAUCAAGUUUGUUGUCUUUCCCCUCAUACGACUCAAAAAAGCUGAUUCUGGAGUCACUAUUAAUGCAAAGACUUUCUCAACAUACGAGGAGCUGGAAGCUGCCUACAUAGCUGGUGAUUCUAACGUUACCGAUGGAGCUUUGAAGGAUUGCAUUUUCGAGCAUUUAGAUCCACCCAUGGAGGUUGUUCGAAACCGUUUUAAAAAUCCAAAAUUAGUUAAUCUGCUGGCAGAUGCUUAUCCCACCGAUGAAGCCGCUUGUGCUGCUAAACACGCCACAGAAUCUGCUAACGCGUCUCUUUUCAUGAAAAAUGACCAAUUGACUGAACUUAAGGGGACUUUGGACAGUUUGCAACAGACGAUGCGGAUAACUAAAGAAGGUCCUGGUUUAUUAGCAGCUGCAACGGUUUUCGGGCUUGAUAAAGAGAAAAUAGUUAAUUCUCUCUCUGGACGUGUUGUUCGGGUAUUGUGGUCCGUGAAGCCAACGGGUCUUCCUCAUCUGGGUCUCUAUCUUCCUAUUAGGGAUCUGGCACUCCUUUCAAAGCAUCUCGGUUUCAUUAUUAUUGUCGUUAUCGAUGAUAUUGGUGCAUUCUUAGAGGGCAAAUGCCCAUGGAACCAACGUGAAUCUCGCUUUAAACUCUAUGAGACGGUAAUCACUGGACUAAUCAAGUCUGCAUGUGGAGAUAUGAAAUACUUCCGUAUUGUACGUGGCAGUCAUUUUAAAUGUGAAGGCUCCUACAUGUUGGACCUCUACCGAUUAGUCAGUCUUGUUCCAGAGAACGAUGCGGCAGGUUGCAGUGGUGCGAUUUCAUCAGCUCAACUUAAAGCUCUGGGGUCUGAUGACACUGAAGAUGAAGGGACUGGAGCAAAUCUCUCAGCUCUUCUCCUGCCUUGCAUGAAGUUACUCGACGCUUACCACCUAAAAGCUGAUAUUCGUGUUGGCAGUCCAAGCUCUAUCGAAAAACAAGAACUCUUCGCUCAAAAGUUCCUUCCUCGUUUUGACAAAAAAUUCAAGAUGCCCUUCUACGCAGUCAACACAAUGCUCCCAGCUCUAAUUAGCAGCGCUGAUGUAACAGUUAUGCCAUGUCCUUCAAUGUCACCAUUUGUACCAUCCCUUCGCGACCCCCAAAUGGCGCACUCAGUAGCUGCUCAAGCUCAGGCAAAAGUGCUAGCUGAUCAGUGCAUUCCACUAGUUGAACCCGCUGUUCCUGGAACAAAUGUGUCUACUCUUCCAAAUAACUCCACUUUCGUAAUGCCUGCUCUUAAACGACGUCUCAAACAAACCUUCUGUCAACCCGGGAACGACAAGCUGAAUCCAAUUUUGGAUAUCUUGAAAAUGGUCAUUAUUCCCGAAUUUAAACGCGAUGCUGUUGAUCAUAUUGUCUUACCUCGACCGCCAAAACACGGAGGCCCCAUACACGUGAAGUUGGAGGAAUGUGAACUGGAUGAAGAUAGCAAGUGCCGACUUGAUGAUAUAUUUGCAUCUGAGGAUCUUCAUCCAGGAGAUCUGAAGACUGCCUUGGAGGAAUUUAUAGAGAAACAUUUGAGGAGUCGUCUGACUAAGCAUUUACCAGAUGCUCAGACCCUGAAUGCACUCAUCGAUGAUGCUUUCCCUGUUCCCAGCAAAAAGGGUAAGAAUAAACCAAAUCAAUCUUCAAAGCCCAAAGAAUCUAUUAAGGAAGACAGAAGGCCCAAGGGUUCAUCUGAUAAGGCGGCUGCUUUUGAUCCCAUGAUGCUGGAGUUUUGUGUCGGUGAAAUUGUAGCCGUUGAUUCACACCCAAAUUCAACCGAUUACAAAGUUUGUCGAGUGUCUUUCGGCGGGAAGAAGAAUUGCACUUCUGUCAUAUCACUUCCAAAAGAUGAUUUAAUAAAUAAGAAGGCCAUCUUUAUGACAAACCUCAAGCCCACUGUAAUUGAGGGUGUCACAUCUGAGGUCAAGGUAGUAUGUGUCGACGAAAAGCACUUAUUUGAUAUCCCAGAGCACCCAGUUGGCACCAAGUUGCAAUUCAAACUCAUUGGCAAAGGUGGUGCACCUAAGGGCAAACAAGUGGCGUCUCCAGUGACAAUCAUCGAUUACGCGGGUCACCCUGGUUGGCAAGCUUUCUUUGCUGACAUCUAUCGGGAUAGUGGGAAUCUUUGUUGGCGAAACAACUGGCGUCUCAUGGUUGCUUAG